AUGGACAUCGCUGAUGCGCGACACGACGUUGCACCGUCGGUUCCAAUCAGACGCAAUGGUAAACCUCAUUCCUGUGAGCCUUGCCGCUUGUCCAAGAUCCGCUGUGAUCACAAACUUCCAGUGUGCGACAGGUGCGUGUUGCGUCGCAUGGAGAAGCGUUGCAUCUACCAUCCUGCGCCCAUGACGAAGUCGCGCAGCUCUCGCCCGCCUGCGUCUGCUCAGACUCGUCGAAGUUCCGUAAUAUCACCUACAGUUGCAGCGCCAGUCGCCCAGGCAUUGUCUUUUCCUGAUAAUGUGCAGCCUACGUGCACUGGGAGCACUUCGUCGUCAUCAACACCAAGAACAAGCCAUCCAGCUGAUGCCGGAUUCUUUGGGCCAACCGCUUUUUCCGCCGUGAUCAACGACGACCAGGAGGUUAUAACUCAACACGUGAAACAGCUAUGCGAGCAGCAAUUCCCUCAUAGUGAACGCCAGAGUCAAAAAAACAUCCCAGAAGGACGAAUCCAAGCAGGCAUGAAAGCGCUACAUUUGCUGAUGGAGUUUCCGACAUUUCCAGAGUGCAUAAACAGAUACCUUGAGAUUUCUUAUACAUGUAUGGUACCGGAUCCAUUCGUCAAGGCCUGCGUCACGUCCCUACAGCAAACUCUUCACGCUUUUAACACAUCUCCCAAUGAGUCAAGCGCUGCCGAUUUGAGACAAUUGGUUAUGACUCUUUGUACAAAUACUGCAAAGCCGUUGGAUAUCUUAACCCAUAUCGCGGCCAAGGACUAUCACACACUGUUUACUGGGUCAAACUUGAGAUGGGAGAUUAUUGGAUUCAUCCUUGCGCUGCUCGGCGUCUCAUUCAAAUACGACAUCAACAGGCGAAGUGAGCCGCUGCGAGCCCUCUCACCUACCGAACAACCUACAUUCAUCCAUCGUAUCACCGAAGCAGUCGAGUACUGCAGUUCCGUGUGUUUCAGUUACAAUGCUGUCAAUCAUCAGGCUUUAUGGUUGCUGUAUGGAGAAGCCUGUUUGAAGAACGUGGUGUUUGGAGAUACGAGUUUUCAACUAUGGCGCUGUAUAGGCGAUCUCUCCAGCAUGUUCUCCGCUCUCGGACUCCACCAGGCCGUGAUAGGGUCGGAGGAAGCUCAUCCAUAUUACCAAUGUGAACUGAGGAGACGUUACGCUGCACAAAUAUUUUCCAUGGAUAAAACCACCAGCACCCUCCUCGGCCGGCCACCGAGGAUUUCUGGGGCACAUUAUGCCAUCACCAUGCCUGCCGAUGUCGAUGACAAUGUUCUGCUCUUGGAUGACAUCGAAUUACAGACUACACUAAGCAGCGCUGACUCGAAUGGCUGGAAUUUGGAUCGGAAGUUUCGCGGGGCGACGUGGAGACGUCUCAAGUUUAUAAUCAGCCAGUUCCGAGAAGAGGUCCUUGAAAUAUGUCUUGGUGUCCGUCAUACUGAGGACAUUGAGAGUUCCAUAUACGACUUACUUACUAGACAUCAAUACGUAUGGGAUCAGGUUCCUCCAGAGCUCAAGUAUAACGAAGUGACUGGAUCCCAACACAUCGACCCCCCGCAACGAUACGUCCUCAUGACAACUUAUAUGGAUCAGAACUACAACCAUUUUCUGUUAUAUCGAAAGCUCGCGAAGGAGAGUCGGAGGAUGCCGGAACCUUUGUACCGGAUAUCGAGAUCGCUAUUAGCCACGACCUUGCAGGUGACAUCGCUGUCUGAUCAGGUGUACAGCAUGCAAAGAGACAUGUCAUGGUUUAUUUUAUACUACGGCUUACCCGCUGCCAGUAUUCUGGCCGUAGGCUUGUUGAAAGACUCACUGCACGAUCCUAAUGACCCUAGCGCGCCAAAAGCCGCCAUACCCCGAGCCGAGACGGUACAAAACCUUCCGGCUCCAGCCCUGGAUGGCGAUCCCCUUGACUUUUAUAACUUCAUGAACCGGGUGGAAGAUGCAGGGUGGACUCGUGACAUUUGGGAUUUCCCGAUGGAAAUAUAG